AUGAAAUGCGACCUGCGGCUCCACCGCAUUGACGGCUCCCAAAAAAGGCCGCCCCCGUCCAAGCCUGUCGCGACUCGCCGAGCUCCAGCUUCCAGCGGUCGAGUGCGCUCCAAGCUCCGUCACAGCGGGCCAGCGGUGCCAUUCUUUAGCGGCUUCAGUGCGCCUCCGCUAGAGUCUCGGCAAGUGCUGCGCUGCGCGACAGCAAGCCUCUCUCUGGUACAGGCGUUUUUAGUGGCGUGGACGGGCUCAUCGGUGCCAAACUUAUCCCCCCCCUCCUCCCCCGGUCAUCACCGUCGCACUCUUUCCCUUCUCUUCCCUGACAGAAUUUAUUCCAAACCAUCGCGCCCCAAUCUGUGCAAUCGCUGCUGGGAAACGUCCUUGUCCAUCGCCGCAUUCUCUCUGCUCUACGCCUAUUUUUAG